GAACCUUAAUAUAAUAAGAGUUCAUCUCUUUGUCUCUAAAAGAGAGAAGGAGAGAAGAUGUUGCCAGGGAUACUUUUAUGCUCACUUAAUCCCAGGAAUCACAGCAAAAAGAAGAAGAAUGAUCGAGAGAGCUUAGAUACUGAGCCUAAGGACAUUGAGUACUGGUACUCAGUUCAGUUCAAUCGAGAUCCUCCUAGAUUUGCUCUCAAAUCGGAUAACAACACUCACCAUUCCCGCAGUAGGAACGCCGGCGAAUUAAGCAAGGCGAAGAAGCGAGGAGAGAUGGCGAACAAGGUUUCUAACUUCUCGGAUCUGAUUCAACGAGUGACUGCUUCUUGUUUGUUGCAUCCACUCUCCGCCGGCAGGCAAGAUCUAGCUGGUAACCGCCGGGAAGAGUACGAUUCCGAAGAAGAGGAGAAUGAGGAAGGUGAGAUUCAGUACGAGGACGCUUUGGAGGAGGAGGAUGUGAAAGAUGAGACUAUUAGGGUUAUUAAGAGCAAGACCGGAGUGAGCUUGGAGACGGUUCAGGAGAUGGACAUGGUGAUGGAGGAAGUAUUCACCGCGGCGGCUGCUUUGAAGAGAGCUUACGUGGCGCUUCAGGAAGCUCAUUCGCCGUGGGAUCCGGAGAAGAUGCACGAUGCUGACAUGGCUAUGGUGGCUGAGCUGAGAAGGAUUGGUUUGUUGAGGGAAAGAUUCAGGAGGAUGAGAGGUACCGGAAGUGGUGGUGGUGGUGGCCGGAGGAAAAACGACUCCGGUAGAGGAUUGCUGAGAGACGCGGUGGCGCCGUAUGAAGCCGUCGUGAAGGAGCUGAAGAAAGAAGUGAAGGUGAAAGACACUGAGAUUGAGAAUCUCAAGGAGAAAGUCAAAGCGGCUACUUCCAUGGCCAAUGGUAACGGAGGAGGCAAGAAACACCGAUUGCUUUCUAGCCGGAAAGUGAACUGCUCCACACAAAUUGCUGUAUCUCCGGUACCGGAGUUAUUUGAGAUGACAAUGAUUCAGGUGAAAGAGGCAUCAAAGUCUUUUACAGGGAUUUUACUGUCUCUAAUGCGAGCUGCACACUGGGACAUUGCAGCGGCUGUUCGAUCCAUUGAAGCUGCAUCAGAUGGAGUGUCAGCUUCUUCGUUUGCAUCCUCUGUUCAGUCCUCUGUCCCGAACCAACACGCGAAAUUUGCUCUCGAGUCUUACAUCUGUAGGAAAAUCUUCCAAGGAUUCGAUCACGAAACGUUUUACAUGGACGGAAGCCUCUCUUCUCUUAUCAACCCGGAUCAGUACCGUCGUGACUGCUUUGCUCAGUUCAAAGACAUGAAAGCAAUGGAUCCUAUGGAGUUGCUAGGGAUCUUACCAACUUGCCAUUUUGGUAAGUUCUGCUCAAAGAAGUACCUUUCGAUCAUUCACCACAAAAUGGAAGAGUCGUUGUUUGGGGACUCGGAACAGCGGGAGUUGGUUUUAGCUGGUAAUCACCCAAGAAGUCAGUUCUAUGGAGAGUUCUUGGGGUUAGCCAAAGCCGUCUGGCUGCUUCAUCUCCUGGCCUUUUCGCUUGACCCAUCCCCGAGUCACUUUGAAGCAAACCGAGGAGCCGAGUUUCACUCUCAGUACAUGGAGAGCGUUGUGAGGUUCUCGGAUGGCCGUGUUCCUGCGGGUCAAGUUGUUGGGUUUCCUGUUUGUCCAGGAUUCAAGCUUAGCCAUCAAGGGAAAGGAUCAAUCAUCAAAUCCAGAGUUUACUUGGUUCCAAGGGCUUAAACUGGUUUCAUUGAGUUCCACUGUGUGUUAGUAAUGUUAUGUCGAGUUAUCAACUUGGUUUUGGAAAAAUGUUGAAAUAAGGAGUCCGUUCAUUAUAAAGAGUUCUUGCAAAACAA